AUGUCUUCAGAAAGACACAAAAGUCAUUGUGUAUACUUGUGGUUGGUAUUAAUUACAAUACCAGUAGUAUCAGCGGGUAUUGCUUGUCUUGCGAGUCCCUGUCUGCAUGGUAUUUGCAUCGACGACAUUAAUAGCACAUAUGCAUGUUACUGCAUCGACGGGUAUACUGGGGUGCAAUGCCAAACUAAUUGGGACGAAUGCUGGUCUAGCCCAUGUCAGAAUGGUGGCACGUGUAUAGAUGGUGUGGCUGCAUACAACUGUUCAUGUCCUGAUGGGUUUAUAGGCGAUAAUUGCGAGACAAAUUUCAAUGAAUGUGAGUCCAACCCUUGCUUGAACAAUGGCACAUGUAUUGAUAUGACCAAUGAGUACAUUUGCCACUGUAUACCGGGCUUCUCUGGAGAUCAUUGUGAAUUGGACGUAGCUGUAUGUAACUCUACCGAGGAAGUCAGGUGUUAUAACGGCGGAGAAUGUAUUGAAGGACCGGGAUAUAAGUUCUACUGCAAAUGUUUGGCAGGCUGGGCUGGAACAAAAUGUGAUGAACAAAUAGACGAAUGUCAAUCAGACCCAUGUAGAAAUGGUGGCAUAUGCAUUGAUGUCCAUGCAGACUAUAUGUGUGCAUGUGCUUAUGGUUUUACAGGUAAAAGCUGUGAAGUUCAAAUAGAAUUUUGCGAUGAGAACUCAUGUAGUAAUAACGCACUGUGUGUAGUUGAAGAUGGCAUACGAAUCUGUUACUGUGUUCCUGAUUAUCACGGGGAGAGAUGCGAGUUGCAAUACGACGAAUGUCUCUUGGGACCGCGAUGCAUGAAUGGAGGAACAUGUAUUGACGGAGUUGAUAAUUUCACAUGCUCCUGUCCACCAAAACUUACUGGGGCUCUAUGUGAAUGUUUAAUAUUAAAUGAUGGAAGUUACGAUUGUGACUUUGUCUCUCCUACACUGUUACCUGGUUCUAACGAGACAAUUACUACCACAACAGUGUAUACUGAAUCGACAAGUGUAGUCAGCAUAUCGACAAUUGAUUUUACUAAAUAUAAUACGACCUUAGAUAUCGGUACAACAGCUAUCGCUACUACUGAAUCAACAUUUUGGACGACUUCUAAUGAUCUUUACACAUCACCAGAACAACCGUCUAUUACUACCGAUAAAAGUCUUCCUUCUAAUACGACUAAAGCCGAAGAACCUGAUUUUACAUUGUAUACAACUGAAACAGUUUCAACGGAAGAAAUUCGACUUACUACAUCGGAUUUAACAGCAAUAACCUCAGUGACAGAUACACAAGGAACUUUACAAAUCGAUGAUUCCAAAACCCAACCGACAACCGAUUGCGGUGAUUCUUGUAGUAAACAAAAUGUAACGACAGUUCUUGUGCCGUUACCAACAAAAUCAACAGUUACAACAGAAGCAAUUAUUGGAACGACACCAACAUCGACAGAAGCAACAACACUUACAAUAUAUGACAAGAGCACAACUCAAACUACAAAAUUGAUGACUGAAAUGACUUCCCCUGAAGAGACAAAUGUAACUGGCAAAGUUGAAAGUACAACAACAGCAGAAACAACAUCGACAAGGACCGAAGAAUCAACAGAAAGUGUUAAAACUGAUACUACUCCAAUAACUCCUGAAGUACAUAUUACCACAGACAAAAUGUUCACAGACACACCUAUAGAUACAACAAAUUAUAUAACAUUUACAACUUCUACGGAAGUGACUGAACCUGGGAUAGGAAUCGAAGAUACUACACAGACAUAUCCAACAUCUCAUACAGAUUGUACUGAUUUUGUAUGUCAUAAUCAUGGAACAUGCAUAAAUGGAUUACAUGGUGUUAGAUGUCACUGUCUUUUUAACUACGGAGGCACAUUCUGUGAAGAAAAAAUUACAAUAACUUCAGCAGCUUUCGAUGGCAAUUCAUACAUAUCUCAUCAUGUUAACAACUCUACUACAAUCGCUAUACAAUUUAAUGCAAAAACCCUUAUAACUGAUGGACAAAUAAUGCACGUGGAUAUAACAAAAGGGGCUUAUAUGAAACUUUAUAUGAGUUCUGGUUUAUUGAAAUUCGAAUUUUCCUGCGGUUACCAGACAAUGUUGCUGAGUGAACUUAAAACUUACGUGAAUAGAGGUUACUUGAUGAAAAUUGAAACUAGAUUAGAUCUCUUCUUAAAAGAGAAACACUGUAACGCUACCCUUCGCCUGAACGAUACCGUGGCAAUGAGCGGUGGACAAGUGUCUAACAUCAGCUCCCUAGACAGCCAUACUGUCCUUACUUUCGGAAUUGUACAAAAUAUGAAUGAUUCUGAUAAUAUGCCUUUUGUUGGAUGUAUUAAAGAUUUGAUUGUGAAUGGGGAGGAACGCGACAUAUUUGGUGAUGCAUUCGACGCAGAAGUAAGUGAAUGCUCUUCACUAUCGUGCUUGUCAUCGCCCUGCAUGAAUGGUGGCACUUGCAGUGAUCUCGGCGAUAGCUAUACUUGUGCUUGUGCUAAUGGGUGGAUGGGCAACCAUUGCAACGAAUCAGUGUGUGACCACAAUCCUUGCCAAUAUGGAGGUAGUUGUGUUCGUCAUCCAGGUAGUGGAUUCUUAUGUCUCUGCCCUUACGGGAAACAUGGGAUAUUCUGCGAAUACAAUGUAGAAAUCACUCGACCGUCUCUAGCCCCAAUAACAAGUGGUAUAUCUUCUUAUGUGAUGUACCCUCUUUCUCCCGCGGCAAUGAACUCCGACAGGUUCGACCUGCGCUUGCGGUUCCAAACCACAGAUAUGGACCAAAUUGCUCUUUUAGUAUUCGUAGGUCAAAGUGGCCGACACGAUUCUAAAAGUCAGCAUUUGGCUCUGACAUUCGUUAAGGGUUAUAUUAUGUUGACGUGGAACAUGGGAAGUGGUCCACGAAGAAUAUUCACGUCGAGGGCUCUGGGCGCCCGGCGCGGCGGCCACGUGGUGCGCGUGUGGCGCCGCGGCCGCAGCGCCGGCCUGCUCGUCGACAGUCGGUACAACAUCACGGGCAACGCGCCCGCUAACCGCUCUAACAUGACCCUUCUGCCUUAUGUUUAUAUUGGUACAGUAUAUAAUAUGGAUUUCCCUCUAGGUUUAGUAGCUAGAAGUUACAGCUGGACAUCCAUAGAUUCAUCUCCGCAGUGGACACAUGAAAAUGCCAAGGGUGUUAAACCUGGAUUGAAGCACUUAGCAUUCCAAGCGAGCGGUCACCCAUCCCAAGAUUUCCGCGAGCUGCCCCACGACCUGCCCCUGCACAGCGGCUGGCGCGGCUGCGUGUGGGAGGUGGGCGGGCAGGCCGCGGGCGCGGGCAAGGCGCUCGGCGGCCGCGGCGCGGGGCAGUGCGGCGUGGCACAAUGCACCGCUAAGUCCUGUAACGCUCCGCGUGGUGUUUGUAUACACUCGCCAGCUACCUAUGGGGAAGCCAGGCGGCGCCCGCGUCGCGCCAUGGCGUACCGUAAGACAUUAAACCAAGCCAGUUUAUUGUGUAUUUGCAAUGAAGGCUGGUUUGGAGCUACAUGUGGCAUGACGCGAAGUCCCUGCGACCGGUCGCACUCGCGCUGCAAGGGCGCCUGCGUGCUGACACUCGACAGCGCGGAGUGUGACUGUCCUUAUGGCAAGACUGGGAUCAAUUGUGAUCAAGAUCUAAUACCGAUAGAUAUGCUGUUCACUGGUGUGAGAUCGUAUUUGAAACUUCAUCCGCGGUCCAUAUCUAGUGUUAGUCUCGCACUCGAAGCAGAAAUAAAGCCGACGAAGGAAAGAGGCAUUGUUAUGUUCGUUCAAACGCCACAUUUCUAUACCACUUUGUCGCUACAAGGUGGAUUGCUUGAAUAUAGAUGGACAGAUCAGCUCUCAGGUCUAACGUCGCUGGUGCGGUCGGGCGUGGUGCUGUCCAUGUCGCAGUGGCACGCCGUGCGCGCCGGCCGCUACGGGGACAGACUGUAUGUGUGGGUCGAUGGAGCUCUCACCACGGAGUCGAUGCUCGCUCACGCCUACCCACAUACUGCUAGCGAAGCUUCUAUUAUUAUAGGUGGUGCGAAAGAUCUGGCGUCAUUGCCGUUUGACAUGAUGUCGGGAGCGCCAGAGACAUACAGCGGAUGCUUCAGGAAUUUAUAUGUGAAUAACGUUUUAUUGCCUUUGGAUCCACAAAAUAUACUGGAGGGUCAAAACGUAGCAGCGUGCGAGGGCGCGGCGUGCGGCGCGGGCGCGGCGGGCGCGCGCUGCCGCCGCACGGCGUGCGCGGGCGCGGGGGCGGGGGCGGGGGCGGGGGCGGAGGCGGGGGCGGCGCGGUGCGGGGGGCGCUGCGUGCGCGGGCGCUGCGUGUGCCCCGCGGGCACGGUCGGCCUGCACUGUGAAAAGCGUAUUAAUAUAACAGUGCCCCAGUUCGACGGCGACGCCAUGCUGUCUCUAACUAGAAGUCACUCCGGCCACCAACAGCGAUUGAGUUCCGCUCCGACCAGACCUUCCUACAUUGCAUUCAAUUUUACUACUUCUGACCCUAAUGGCCUUAUGUUGUGGAUAAAUAUGGGCAUAGAUUACAUAGGCUUAGGUCUAGAAAAUGGGUAUCUCAAACUGGUCUGGUCCUUACAUUGCAAUAAUACCUUUCAAAAAGCCAGGGACUUUCCAAUACCGCCUCAGUUAAUAUCCACAUUAAUUCAGGCCGGAUUCAUGGCGGAUGGGGAAUGGCAUACGGUUGAAUUAAAUAUGGAAAAUUAUAUCAUAUUCACAGUAGAUAAUAAGACCUUUGUAGAGGAACAAUGCCAUAAUGAGUUUGAAUAUGAGGAUAUUGAUUUGUAUGUGGGUGGCGCCACAAGCGAGGACUCUGCAAAAAAAUUGUUUCCACAGAAUUUCAAAGGAUGCAUCGACAAAAUCUCAACAAAACACAACAUCUUUUUAACCAACUACACCGAUGUGUACAGCGAGAACGUUCGUUCGUGCCAAUUUUUUUCCCCUGCCCUU